AUGGCUUCUGCAGAUCUCACAUUAGGUGUUGUUUUGAAACCUGUUGGUUCUCUAUUAUCAACUAUUUUCAAGGUAGCAAGAACAAUUCGAAUGACAGUCGAAAGAAUGAAAAUCAAUGGAGCGAACUGUCGUCAAUUGAGUCAAAGAGUUGAUAUGAUCGUUAGUUUCUUACCAAAGAAGUUACCAGAGGAUCUCCUGAGUGAACCUAUUGAAAGAGCGUUAAGAUCCUUCGCGGAGUUCCUCGAUGAAUGUCUAGCGCUAAUUAAGGAGUUUGCCAAUGCUAAUUACUUGGAACGUAUUUGGUAUAACAAAGACUUUUGUCGUGAAUUUACUAGAAUGGAUGAACAAUUAUCACGCUUUACAACUGACUUAAGCUUUGGUAUGGGAUUCACAAGAUUGCCUGCCGUUCAAAGUUCAAGAGACGCUGUUGAACAGAAUACACUGCGUCACUCACAAUCCACUGCUUUUAAUUCAGGUAUCUGGACUUAUAAACGUUGCAUCAACGAAAUAUGGCAAGAUACUUUUAAUUGUGAACUCAUCAUUGACAUGAAUACAAAGAAAAUUAGAGGUUCUGGCGAAGACAACUUUAGUCAUUUUGGCAUAGAUGGUCUGUUUUCUCAAGCACCACUGUUAAUCGAAUUGGUUUGGACUUAUAGGGAUCAUUUACAAAUUAUUAAUCUGCAAUGGAACGUGGAUCGACAAAUGCUAUGUGGUAUAGUGUUGAGAAAAUCUAAAGUUACUGACAAAGGAAUAAAAUUCAAUCUCAAAUGGGAUAUUUUACGACGUUUUCUGCUUAAAAGUGUCGAAUAG